AGUUUUUGUGUAUGUCUGUACUAGCAGCAAAAUAACCUUUUUUGAAUCACUCGAUUUAAAAAUUGUUUCCUGGUUGCAAGUGAAAUGAGCCCCGUGGUUUUACAAUACGGGGGAACUUGGAUUGGAUAAUGUGUUUCAGAACACUUAAACUUUCCUGUUGUGCAUCACGCCCAAAUAAUUAAUACAGUGAAUACAGAUUAUUUACUUUAAUGGUAUUAUAUAAACAUGACAUCCAUUACAUAUCAGUUUAUUGUUCUGUCCAGUCCACCGAAACGUCUGAACGAAGAACAAUGAUGCCGGGAAGAACAUCUUGUUUGCCAGACAAUCCCUUGGGCUUAUCUUGGCAUGAUAGUGCCUGGAUACCAAUGCUGAAUCAAAGCAACAUCAUGGACUAUUUCUCUGAACGCAGCAAUCCAUUCUUUGAUCGAACUUGCAACAAUGAGAUCGUUAAGAUGCAACGCCUGAAUCCAGAACAACUAAACAAUAUGACUGGGUUGGAGUACAUGCUGCUGCAUGUACAAGAACCUAUUCUGUAUGUCAUCCGAAAACAACAUCGUCAUUCGCCAACACAUGCUACACCUAUUACGGACUAUUACAUCAUUGCUGGGAUUGUGUACCAGGCACCUGACCUCAUCUCUGUCGUCAACUCCAGAUUAAUAUCAGCAGUGCAUCAUCUGCAGUCAGCUUUUGAAGAAGCAAAUUCAUAUUCACGAUAUCACCCUUCCAAAGGUUAUUCAUGGGACUUUAAGGAACGUAAGGUUCCAGAACGUUUGGUGGCAAAGAAAGAAACACAGCGAGAGGAACCAAGUUCACUCUUCCAACGCCAUCGUGUAGACAUGCUUUUGGUAGAACUGACUCGAUUUUUGCUGCUGCACCACCCCAGAAACAGCCUUCUUCAGGUGGCUGUGUUCACUGCAUGGACAAAUUUCAUAAAAGUUGAGGAACCAAAGUCAGAGUCUCGAGAAGUGAAGACAGAGAAACCAGAUACCCCACGUAACAUGAAACCACCACCAGAAAAGAAACCGAGACUGACCUAAUAGUAACAGCAGUUGUAAUCUGUUUUAAAUUGCAUCAUUCGUAACAAUAUUUCAUAGUAAUCUGUAAACCAAACAAUGUAUUUUUAAAGAGUACUGAAUUGUAAUAUAAAAAUUGGCGGCUUGUAGGUAAUCUGUCAUAAUUUUUUUGCAAAGGGGAAAAGUAGGGGUUAGAUAAUUUUAGGUUCCAUGUUUCUCUGGAAGAUGUUUUGAUUUGAGGAGGAGGGAGAUAUGGAAUGGGAAACAUUAUUUUGAAUUCCAUGUUCCUUCAUAAAAAUUAAUUUGAGUCUUUGGGGCGUGGCAGAUCAUUUUUGAUUACAUGUUCAUGCUUAAAGAUAUUAUGAAACAGUUGUUUGUAUGACUAGUACAUAACAUUUUAAAGAUCUCUUAUCACCCAUUACUUUAGAGCCCCAUGUCACAUGGCAUUAGUGUCACUCCCGCUACAUAGCUUUACCUUGGGUACAGAAAUACCAGACUCGUCUCUGGUAUCAUUAAAUGAAAUUUCUUCAGUAUGAAGCUCAAAUAAGAUUGAGGAAUGCUGGUGGAGACCGCGUAACAAACUGGCACUCGGAAAUAACUUGUGAAUCUAAAUAUAAUACUACGUGGACCUCUCUUUAGCAGAGUCUGAUGACAAUUUUUCGUGGUGACUGUGACUGGCUAAUUUAAAGGAUUCAUAAUGUCAAGAACCGACUUGAAUGUUAUUUGUGCUUUCUGUUUUUAAGGCAUUUAUAAUAAAGGCUCUGAAAAAGAGAAAUGCAUUCUACGAAGCAUUAAAAAUGGCUAUUCUUCAUAAAUAUAAAUAUCAGUACUACAGUUCAAUAAAAUUUCCAUCAAAAUUG